UCGUUCAUCAUUGUUUGCAGCGAAACCUUCAGCUGCAGCAAUGCCCAAGUCAGAACCGUGACUCUCCACUCGACUGGCGAGCAACUGCAUGACACAGACACACCACUCUUGGAUCUACGCGAAAGCAGGAAAGCGAAGUCGAUUUCAUCGCUCAGGGUGCUUGCUGCGCGGAGCUUGGGUUGUGAAGCUGCACGGACGGACACAGCGCCAUCAUGUCGCACGCUACGUCCGUCAUUAGCCGGCUCGACCCUGGUCGCAUUAGCACAAGCACGAGCAAAGCGCCGCCCGUCGGUUACACCAAUUCCAAAUGGACCUUUUCGUCCGACGAGGAGGAGGAAGAAGAUGAGGUGGAGCUGGUCAAGGUUGCAAUAUCCAAGACGAGCCAUGCUGUACCUUCAGCUGCAAACAGGAGACCAUUGAUGGACAUCUCCCGCAAUGGCGUGGACGAGAGGAGAGGGAGGAGGAUGGACGAUGAGCGUGCUGGAGUUGGAAAGAGCGCAGAAAAGGCCAAGACUCGAGAUGCGAAUAAGCACAGGGACACUCGACCAGCGGCACCUCGCCCUCGAUUGGUGCGCAAGUACUCUUGGGGUUCAGCAAGCUCAGCCUCGGAGAGCGCUUCCACCUCCGCAUCCGCAUCAAGCUCCUUGGCCCGCGAUAGCUGCGUCAGGCGUCCCACACAGGCCUCUGCACAUGACAGGACGAGACCACAAAGGCAUGCGGCCGCGGACGCCGGUGAGGCGCUCAAGAGACUAGCAUGUCUCGAAAACACACCUUCUCCCGCGCGCAUAGCUCUCAGAGGGUUUGUAGACUCUCGAUCCAGCCUGACCGCCGGUAGGGACAGAGAUGCAGCACCGAGAAGGAUCGUCUCGCAGCCACAGGGAAGGCAUGAAGCGUCGUCGGAUCGCAAGGCUGCACAAGGAAACAGGAAAGCGAGCGCACCGGUGCUUGCUCGACCCGUUGCACCUCCUUCAGAUCUCAGCAGCACAGCUUCCGGAUCUUCUACACCUACUGAAAGAGGGGCAAAUGAAGUGCACGAGGCGACGAAGAAGUUGUCCAGAUUGAACGUAUCCUCUACAAAGCUGCAAAGAUCCAUGCUCAGCUCUGACCUCUCUUCCCCGCCUCCCUCUCCGCGGGUGGUGAGAGGUCGGAAAGUGGUGGGGCUUGGAGAGCAGCAAGGCUCUCCAUUGGAAGCCCUGAUGCGUCUGUGCGACCAAUCCGCCCCGGUGGCUUUCACAGCGCUUCUCGAGCAGCUUGCAAGCAGUGUGGUCGCUUCUACACAGCAAAGCAAUACGAACGCCUCUCAUCGUUCCAGAUUCGCUACCUCUUCAUCCUCCGCUGCCUCUGCUAGAGGGUGGAAGAAGGUAGGCGAGGCGAGCUACUCGGAAGUGUUUGGCCUCGGCGAGAUCGUUAUCAAAGUCAUACCGCUAUGCUCGGAAACGAGGGAAGAGGAGCAAGAAGAGCAAGAGUGGCCAGAGGAGAGCAAGGCGGAGGAUGUGUCUAGAGAGGUUGCCAUCAUGCAGGCUUGUGGUCGCGGCUUCAUCAGAUUGUUGAGCUCUCACGUCGUUUGCGGAGUCUACCCACCACUGCUGAUGCGCGCGUGGGAUGCGUACGAUAAGCGCAAAGCGGGAGGUAGCGAAAAUGUCCGGCCGGCAUGUCUUCCUUCUUCGCAGCGAUACGCCGUGCUUGUGCUGGAGCAUGGAGGAGUGGAUGUGGAAUCGGUCAAGCUCAAAGGGUGGAUUCAAGCAGCUGCGGUAUUUUGGCAGAUCGCGCAGAGCUUGGCGAGCGCCGAGAAGGAGCUGCGUUUCGAACAUCGCGAUCUGCAUUGGGGCAAUGUUCUCGUAAGGAUCGAAGAGAUUACGAUGAACAGACAGGUAGGGAAGGGUCAUAUUUCUAGACCUCUUUUGACCACUUCUCCAAGCAAGGCCCUCGUCUCUUCUCCGCUCAAACGAGCCCAGCUUCAUAAAGCAAAGAUGAGCAGCUAUACAACAAGCAAAUCUAGAAGAGCGACAACGACGGCGCAGAACGCGAGUCUACCACCGCAGAUGGGCGUCGUAGAGAGGCUCUUGCAACCGGCAUUUUCGGGCGCUACUGCUCGUCUGAUCGAUCUCUCCCUCAGUCGAGCGACGCUCGCCUCUGAAACCAUCUACUGCGCAUUCGAAGACGAUGCGAUCUUCGAAGGAGGAGGGGAUGAACAGUUUGACAUCUAUAGAUCCAUGAGGGCUUUCAUCCAUCGAGCGAAUGGAGCAGAAAAAGGAAAGGGAAGAGGAGAGGAAGCCAGAAGCCAGGCCUGGGAAGCUUUUCACCCAGAGACCAACCUGAUGUGGUGCGCAUAUAUGAUCCACAAAUUGCUCAAGCAUAAAGGAUUACGAAAACCCGGUUUCAACUUUGGUCCUAAUCCUUUUGCCGCCGCCGCCGCCGGCGCCUUUGCUGUUACCAGCAAUUCGAGUCCCAGUACUGGUUCGAAAGGAGCCGCUAGACAGGUCAGUGUACAGGACAAGGAGAAGGAAAUCGACGAGGCGCUAGUAGAGGCCGCUCAUGCUAGUCUGCUCAGAGCGGAGAACAAGAUCAGAGCUUCGCUCGCGAUGAUUGGCGCGGAGAUGCAGCUCUGUACUUGCGCAACCAGCAGCUCGACGGUUCCAAAGACUUCGGAUGGGGACGUUGUAAGGAGCGCAGGAGACUUGAUGCGCUGGGCUACGGGUCGAACGUAAAUGUACCAUCAUACGGCACGAGUCAUCAAUCCAUCUUCCCAUUCGUGGUGUCGCGCGCACA